UGUAGUUAGCACCCACGUCAGUGUUGCUAACAUUUCGGGGCCAGAGCACAACAUGUCUGACAGCUUCUACGAUUUGGAGGAUGUUGUUGUUGCUGUUAAUCCAACUACUCAGCAGCAUCAGCCAUGUCAACCAUGUCCGCCCUGUUUUUUAGGUCGUAGCAGUGGCGACAACGACAAUGACGGCGACAACAACAGCAAUAAUAACAGCAGUGCAGCAGGCCUGGAGACCAUUGGUAUAAUCGGGAUCGCUGUGGGAAUCGUCCUGAUCGUUUUGGCUAUCUUAAGAUGUGCAGCAUCACGCUACAAUUUACUUCAGUGCUGCAUGGCACGGCUGCACGCAUACAGGACUGCCGAUCCUUUUGCGGUUCGGAUUCCUCGAAAUCCAUCCGCUCCGGCGCAUCCCUCGGCUGACCCUCCGCGACCAUCCACAUUUCUGGGAUUCCUCAACUCCAACGCUAAUCUUCGAGGCCCAUGGCCACCAGGAUCCGUUGCACCAACAGCUCCACCUCAACAUCCAGCGCGUUCAAAUACUGACGCGUCGGGGUCUGACCUUAACACCACUGACCCCAAUCAGGUGUGGGAAAAUGUAAAUUUGCGCUUGGACAACAGUAUUAAUCGCCUAGGUGAAAGAGUCAGCGCCAUGCGGGCAGUGUUGUCUCGCGGAGAACAGCCGCAUCAGCACCCGGGAAAUUUCUCUCUGGAAAACGCUUCUGAAAGCACCCCACCAUCGGAUUCUUCUUAUCACAGCGCCAUCGACCCGGAACGAUACAACAACACAGAACGGGAAGCCGUUAACGAUAGUAUGGCUCACUUUGUGGAGAAUAUGGAUGAACGAACCAGAAGACUGUAAGCUGUGUGGAGCAGGAGCGUGACCGAUCCCACCUUUCCCGCCCACAUGGCCGCCUUCUCGACCAGUAUUCUGUAUGAUACUGUGGCAAGUGGACCGGAAGGAGAGCGUCAGUUGGCAGAUGGAAUCCGAGCGUGGCGCGAAAUGGACUUGGAAGUUCGGGCACAGGGAGGUCCAAGCGAUGAAUUUGAAGCGCAGCGGGAAGAAUUCAAACGUCGGCGUGAGCUUGUGAAAGAAAUUCGGCGCCAGACACAGUAACGACAACAUCAGCUGCUUUGUAAAAGUAUUUUUCUGAUGCAUUGUACAUGCCCAUACCCACGAACGUUUGUUGUAAUACCAAAUUGGG